AUGUCUGAAGCCAAGAAGUCACUAAUCUUGCAGUUUUCAGCAGCAAAUGUGCCAACUCAUCAACAAAUAAGCAUUCUUGAAUUUGAAGCUGGAGGUAUAGAGAAUGUUGGGUGUACAAAGAAGGAUAUAUGUAACCAUGAAGCUAAGGUGCGGAAUGAAUUAAGAGGACAAGAUGCAAAACUUUUAAAGGAAUAUUUCCUAACCGAGCAAGAAAAGGAUCCAUGCUUCUUUUUUAAAAUAGAUGUAGAUGAUGAUGGUAAAUUGAAGUGUUGUUUUUGGGCUGAUUCGGUGUCUAGAAGGGCUUAUGGAUGUUUUGAUGAUGUAGUUGUAUUUGAUACAACUUACAACAUUAAUCAAUAUGGUAUGAUAUUUGCACCCUUGGUGGGGGUGAACAAUCAUGGUCAAACGGUGCUUUUUGCAUGUGCCUUUUUAAGUGAUGAAAAAACGGAAUCAUUUGUUUGGUUGUUUGAGCCCUUAAAGGAUAGCAUGCCGACGAACAAUCCAAAAAUGAUCAUUACCGAUCAAGAUCCUAUAAUGACAAAGGCUAUAGUUCAGAGCUUACCGAAUAAAUUUCAUAGGUAUUGUAGUUGGCACAUACUUGAGAAGUUCUCUACGUAUUUAAAUGCAAUCACCUAUAGAGAUUUAUAUAAGGACUUUCAACAAUGCAUUUGGGAAUCAGAAUGCCCUGGAGAGUUUAAAAGAAAAUGGAUGACUACCAUCGAGAAGGCAAGCCCAGAUAACAAUGAUUGGUUAAAAUCAAUAUUUGAGCUACGUUCAAGAUGGGUGCUUGUAUAUGUUAACCAUAUAUUCUUAGCUGGAAUGUCAAGUAGCCAACGUGCGGAAAGCUCCCAUGCAUUUUUCAAGAAAUAUGUUUCGAAGAGAAACUUAUUGAUGGAUUUCAUACUUCGAUUUAAUAGGGCACUUGCACAUCAACGUCACGAAGACUUAGUAAUAAUGCCACAAUUUGUUCGUGAAAAUGCUACACACAAAAUGUAUGUGGUCGAGAGUAGUCCAAAAGAAGGUGUUCAUAGAGUGCGGGAAAUUGCUUAUGAUAAAGAAUUGGACUUUGCAUCUUGUACAUUCAUUGAUAAAGCCAUAAUAUAUGAAGAGGCAAGUGUAAUUGUGAAUAAUGGUCUUCAAAGUUUGCUACGCAAGAUUGAAUCCAUAGUUAGAAACACGAAAAGUGGAGGCAUUUCUAAAAAAGGUAGCACUGCUCAUGACUAUGAAGCUUUGAAAGACCCAUCUGCUGUGAGGACAAAGGGAUGCGGACAAAGAUUAAAAAGGGGAAAGGAGAAGGCAACAAAUUCUGCAAAGUAUAGAGAUCGACGUUGCAAUGGAUGUGGAAAAAUUGUGCAAUCGCACGACAAAAGAAAUUGUCCACUCCUCAACAAUCCGUCCUCACAAAAUGAGGAAAGUCCUCAACACGCCUCGGAAUAUGAUUCUGAAGCUGAUAGUUUGUCUUCCACAGGUCUGCAUGAGAAAACGAAAGGAUGA